GGGUGCACUACAACUCAGAAUUGUAGUCUGUUCAGAAGUCGAUGUUCUAUGGAGGUCUGCGCACGGGUGACGCGAGACGCUACUCAGCUUUUCUUCAUGUCUGCAUCCUCGCUAUCGGACUACGGUAUGCCGACAAAAGUGAUCCUGGAAUCCAGGAGUUUAUUGGUGAUGCUUCCGAGUCCGUCAUUCAUCAGAAAGCUUUGUGGAUUGCAAGAUAUGAGGCGGAAGGCCGAUGCGAUGUUCCCGCAAUCCAAGCCCUUCUGCUUCUUGGGGACCUCAAAUUUGGCGUUGGAAGGUAUAAUAGUGGAUGGAUGUAUGCUGGCUUGGCGUCUCGACUAUGUUUCGAUAUCGGGCUUCACCAGGAGCGUUCAGAGUCAAAGCUUUCAGAAGAAGUGGUGCACAUGCAUCAUAUGGUAGUAUAG